GACAGGGUGGACACGGACGCGAUGGGGUGGACUUAAAGGGGCAGUGACACGAAGGGAUGGAGACAGGAUGGUCAUGGAGGGACACGGAUUUGGGGAUGGACACGGAGGGGCACCAAGGGGGUGGCCACAGACACGCGACACAGAGGGACACGGAUGUGACGGGUGUAUGUAGACACGACGCGGUGGACACAUGCAAGGGGUUGGGCGUACAUGGGCACAGACACGACGGGGACACACGGACACGAGGGGGACACACGGACACGAGGGGGACACACGGACACGAGGGGGAGCAGGUAGUCACGAAGGGACUCGGACACCAGGGGGCGGACACGGACACGGUGUGACACGAGGGGACACGGUGGGAACACAGAGGGACAAGGAUGGACACAGGGGGGUGGACGUGGAGGGACGUGGACACCGGAGGGGGCUUGGACACGGGGAGUGGACACUCGGGACACCGAGCUGCAGACACCGGCAUGGGGACACCGGCAUGGGGACACCCACCCUGCCAGGGGACACAGCCGCAGAGUCCCCCCGCUCCCACCCGGCCUUGGGGUCCCCGCACACUCGGGGGUUCCCCGUCCUGCCGGGGGGGGUCUGUGAGCACACCCACCCGUGAGGGUGUCCCUGUGUACCCACGCGCGUGUCCCCCACCCCUCGGCCCACCGGGAUGCUCAGCCAGUGCCGGGGGGAUGCUCAGCACCCCAAGAAAGGAGCGGGGGUCUGGCAGGGGUCAGGGGGUGCUGACUUGGGGGUGCUGCCCCCCUGCCCCCCCCGGGCCGGCUACGCCCUGGCAGGGUGACACGGGACAGCCGGACCCGCCUGUUCCUCUUCCCCGCAGCAGAGCGGCCGAGCGCAGGCUGCCGCCGCUGGGGAAGGACCAUGGGGCUCCCCGCGGCCCCGCUCGUGCUGCUGCUGCUGCUGCUGCAGCCCAUGAGCUCCCUGCUCCUCCUGUCCCCCUGUUUCCCUCUGCUGCUGGACAUCUCCGAGGAGCUGGACCUGAGCAACAGGAGCAGCGGCUGCGCCGAGCUGGACUGGAGCCCGUUCCAGCGGCACCGCCGGCUGCUGCUGAGGCACAACGGCAUCGAGGCCCUGAGCCCCUCGGCCCGCCUCGGGCCCGCCCUGGAGGAGCUGGACCUGGCGGAGAACCGGCUGCGGGAGCUGCCCCGCGGCUUCUUCAGCAACGCCACCGCGCUGCGGGAGCUGCGGCUGGAGGGGAACCCGCUCCGCGCCCUGCCCCGCGCCGCCUUCCAGCCCCAGCUCCGCUCCCUGUCCCUGUCCUGCCGCUGCGACCUGCUGGCCACCGUGGUGACCCUCUGUGCCCGCUCGGGGCUCCGCUGCCUGUGCUUCACACCGCCGCCCCAGCAGCAUCCCUUCAACGCCACGGAGUUCCACGCGCGGCACUGCGGGCUCGGCGCGGGGCUGGUGGCCGCGGUGGCCGCGGCGGUGGCCGGGCUGGUGGCGCUGGCGGUGGUGGCCGCGCUUUGGUGGCGGCGGAGGAGAGCGGGGGCCGCGGUGGGCGGCGUGGGGAGGGGGAAGCAGAAUCCCACCGGGAACCUGCGGCAGCCCCGCUACAUCAGCCGCGACACCGGGAGCGGCCCCGCCGAUGUCGCCGAUGUCCCCGACUACGAGAACGUUUUCGUGAGUCCCGGCACGGCCCCGGGGGCUGCGCACGGGUGGGCACCGGCGUGGCGGGAGCCGCGCUACAGCCCGCAGGUCCCUCUGGAUGAGGAUUAUUUCCUGGAGAGCGCGGCCGAUCCCGGGGCUCAGCCCAUCUACGCCAACACGCUGGGCCCCACCGAGGACAUCUACAUCGUUCCUGCCCACUGAGGGGCUGGGGGCGCACGGGGGGGGCUGGGGGACCCUCUGUGUCCCCCUGCUGCCCUGUCCCCGUGCCCCAGCCCGGAGGGGACGGGGACAUUCUCCAUGCACAUCCUGCGGGGACGCCUCUUGUGGGGGAUUUUUGGGGCAGCCCCAGUUCCCCCCUCGCCCCGGGCUGAGCUGACAUUUCCUGCGGGGCCGGGGCACGCGUGGGGUCCCGGGGGCGGCUGGAGCAGCUGGGGCUGAGCACGGCCGUGGUUUCCUCUUCCCCUUUUGGGGCCGUGGGGUGCGUGGGGUGCCGCUGGCCUGGGGACGUGCUGGCGGUUGGGGACAUCCGGUGCCACCUGCUCGGGCUUUCCUGCUAAAUCCGCCACUUCGGGUACAAACAAAAAGCUUUUCUUCAAUCCUCCUGGUGGCACCGCCAGCUCUUGGGUUCCAUGGGGACCCAGGGACCCCGUGGCUUGUCUGGGUGUCCCCUCAGUCCCUGAGAGGCUUCACUGUGCCCCAUUAAAUGGCUUAAUUAUCUCUAA